AUGAAUGAGAUCGGACAGAGUGAGACACUGGUAGUGUGUGACGUGGAUGAAGAUCUUAAAGAGAAGUUGAGGAAGUUCCGUCUCCGCAAGGAAACGAACAAUGCAGCUAUCGUCAUGAAGAUCGAUAAAGAAAAACAGCUUGUGAUCCUGGAGGAAGAACACGAGGACAUUUCUCUUGACGACCUGAAAGACGAGCUCCCGGAGAGACAGCCCCGAUUUGUGGUGUACAGUUACAAAUACCAACAUGAUGACGGGCGCGUGUCCUAUCCACUUUGCUUCAUUUUCUCCAGCCCCGUGGGUUGCAAACCGGAGCAGCAGAUGAUGUACGCGGGCAGUAAAAACAAGCUGGUGACUACUACUGAAAUGACAAAGGUGUUCGAGAUCCGGAACACUGAGGACCUGACGGAGGAAUGGCUGCGGGAGAAACUCCGCUUUUUCCGCUGA